UGUUAUAUAAAAUAGAAUACUAAGAUAAUAUUUAAUUUAAUUGAACUAACAUCAUCCCCCUAAUCUCAAUAAUCAGUAAGGCAAUACAACUUUUACGUGCAGGCCUGCAAAAGAAGAACAAGAAGAGCACGUGAAAGUAUCCCUAACCUAUCUUUUUAUUUCAAGGGAGCCUAAAAUAUUAUUGAAAUCCGAGAUUCUAAGUAGUUCUAAAUUAAAUAAUAAACUACAAUUCCAGAACCUGGAGUUCGCAGAAAGAAGAGUAAUAUCUAAAUAUGGGUAAAUUAGAACACAUUCAAACGUUAUCAAAGCAUAUUGGUCGUGUUUGGAGCGUAGCGUGGCAUCCAAAGGGAGAUGCCCUUGCCACAUGUGGUGAAGAUAAGACUAUUCGAAUAUGGGCUAAAGAAGGGAAAGAGUGGGUUAAUAAAGUAAUUCUUACAGAUGGCCACAAACGAACUAUAAGAGAUAUUUCGUGGUCUCCUUGCGGUAAUUACUUAGCUUCUGCCAGUUUUGAUGCAACUGUGGCUAUAUGGGAUAAAAAAUCAGGCGAGUUUGAAUGUAGUGCUACCCUUGAAGGGCAUGAAAAUGAAGUUAAAAGUGUUGCGUGGUCAAAAUCUGGGCAUCUACUAGCUACUUGCAGUCGUGACAAAUCGGUAUGGAUUUGGGAAGUAGCUGAAGAUGACGAAUAUGAGUGUGCAGCUGUUCUUAAUGCACACACGCAAGAUGUCAAAAAGAUCACCUGGCACCCUCAUGUUGAUCUCUUGGCUUCUGCAUCAUAUGACAACACAGUGAAGAUAUUCAAGGAAGACCCUUCAGACAAUGACUGGAUCUGUAUAGCUACUUUAAGUUCACACGAAAGCACCGUAUGGAGCUUGUCUUUCGACAAGACUGGAAAUCGAUUGGCUACAUGUAGUGAUGACCAGACUGUUAAGAUUUGGAAACAGUAUUUACCAAAUAACUCUGAAGGUGUGCCCACAACUGAUGGGGAGGCCUCCUGGAAAUGUAUUUGUACUUUAUCAGGAUAUCACACAAGAACAGUGUAUGAUAUAAGUUGGUGUCAUUUGACUGAUUCUAUUGCAACUGCAUGUGGUGAUGAUAUAAUAAGAAUAUUUAAAGAAGAUGAGGGAAGUGAUCCAAAUGCUCCUACAUUCAGUUUGAUUAAUUCUGCUGAGAGAUCACACACUCAAGAUGUUAACAGCGUUAAGUGGAACCCUAAAGUUCCUGGUUUACUUGCUUCUUGUAGUGAUGAUGGAGACAUCAAAUUAUGGAAUUUUAUAGAAUGAAAAAUAAAUAGGUGCAUUCUUUAUUUGUACAUAUAAGAUGAAAUUGUUUUUAUAACAGAUAAAUAAUU